AUGGAAAAGGGUUGAAGCGUUUCUGAUAGGAGCCUGGACUGCUCCUGGCUGGAAGGGAGAGGGGGACAGAAAGAGAGAAGGGAAACAAGGAGGGUGGACUCAAGCCGAAACUCCGAGGCGGCUGCAGUUCGCAGCGGACCCUGCUUGCUUGGCGGUCAUCGGGACUCAGGAGGCCCCCACGGCAGCUUGUAGGAUUCGCUGGGCUUUCUCGAGGGCUGUUGUUUUCCUGGGAUCUUCUGCGCGACCCCCCCCCCCCACCGUAUUACGUCUGCCGCCGCGGUAAUUUGCUUCAGUGUAAAGAUGUGCGUGUGAACGUUUGCAAAAGCUCUAUCGCCCUGGAGACCUCAAACAAAGGCUCUAGGAGGUUCCAAGAUUUGUUUGGCUCAAGACCCAGUAUGUGUGUCUCCAAGAUGACUAUUUGAAGAACAUCAGCUACAGUUGCAACAGGAUUACAAGAGAGCACGGACCUCGAAAUGACAUGCUAGUGAUGCAAAGACAGUAUCUUCUGGGGCCCUACCUUGGACGCUGAAUGUGCAGCACGUCUUCAGUCAUGGUUGUUUCAAGAUUAAAGGCUGUUCCACUAUCAUUGCCAAGCCUUUUCCUUCUCACUUUUCACCUCUCUGCAUCGCAGAAUAUCCUUGUUUACUCUGAAGAUGAGCAGCAGUGUUCAAGAAGAGAGCACCCAAUGAUUUCUUUUGAAGAUCUGAAGCCUUGGGUCUCAAAUUUCAGCUAUCCAGGUGUACGGGACUUCUCCCAGCUUGCUCUGGAUGCCAAUAGGAAUCAACUCAUUGUUGGAGCCAGGAACUACCUCUUCAGACUCAGUCUCCACAACGUUUCUCUUAUUCAGGCGACAGAAUGGGGUUCAGAUGAAGACACCAGGAGAUCAUGUCAGAGUAAAGGAAAAACUGAGGAGGAAUGUCAGAACUAUGUUCGUGUUCUGAUUGUGUAUGGAAAGAAAGUUUUCACUUGUGGUACCAAUGCUUUUUCACCAGUGUGUUCCAGCAGACAGGUGGGAAAUCUUAGCAAAAUCAUUGAGAAAAUAAAUGGGGUAGCCCGCUGUCCCUAUGACCCCCGGCACAACUCAACAGCAGUGAUCACAUCGCAGGGAGAACUGUAUGCUGCAACGGUCAUUGAUUUCUCUGGACGAGAUCCUGCUAUUUACCGCAGCCUUGGGAAUGUCCCACCUCUUAGAACAGCACAAUACAACUCCAAGUGGCUUAAUGAGCCCAACUUCAUUGCUGCCUAUGACAUUGGUUUGUUCACUUACUUCUUUUUCCGUGAGAAUGCUGUAGAACAUGACUGUGGGAAAACUGUCUAUUCUCGCGUGGGAAGGGUUUGCAAAAACGACAUUGGGGGGAGAUUUUUAUUGGAGGACACAUGGACAACAUUUAUGAAGGCUCGGCUGAACUGCUCCCGUUCUGGUGAAAUCCCUUUCUACUACAAUGAACUGCAAAGCACAUUUUAUCUACCUGAACAAGAUUUGAUCUAUGGAGUGUUUACAACCAAUGUAAACAGUAUUGCUGCUUCAGCAGUGUGUGCCUUCAAUCUCAGUGCUAUUACGCAAGCCUUUAAUGGGCCUUUCCGAUACCAAGAAAAUCCAAGAUCUGCAUGGCUGCCAACAAUCAACCCCAUCCCUAAUUUUCAGUGUGGAAUACUGAAUGAUGAUAGUCCUAAUGAAAACUUGACAGAGAGGAUCCUUCAGGAUGCUCAGCGCUUAUUCCUGAUGAACGAUGUUGUGCAGCCGGUCUCUGUUGAUCCAUAUGUCACUCAGGACAACAUCCGUUUUUCUAAGCUGGUGGUUGACAUUGUUCAGGGCAAGGACACACUAUACCAUGUGAUGUAUAUUGGGACAGAACAUGGCACCAUUUUGAAGGCACUUUCUACAACUAAUAAGAGCCUAAGGAGUUGUUACUUAGAGGAAAUGCAGAUUCUUCCUGCCAGCCAAAAGGAGCCAAUCCAGAGCCUCCAAAUCCUUCACAGCGACAGAUCCCUGUUUGUGGGUUUGAAUAAUGGAGUGCUAAAAAUUCCUCUGGAGAGAUGUUCAAUGUACAGAACAGAAGGUGAGUGCCUGGGAGCAAGGGACCCAUACUGCGGCUGGGAUAGGAAGCAGAAGCGUUGCACCACCAUUGAGGACAGCUCCAAUAUGAGCCUGUGGAGUCAGAAUAUUACAGAGUGUCCUGUGAAAAAUCUGAUGGUGGAUGGCCAGUUGGGGGCCUGGUCCCCGUGGCAACCGUGUGAACACUCGGAUGGUGACAGCACAGGCUCCUGCAUGUGCAGAUCGCGGUCGUGUAACAGCCCUCAGCCUCAGUGUGGUGGACGUGACUGUGAAGGAGCCAGGAUAGAGAUUGCAAAUUGCUCAAGGAAUGGAGCUUGGACACCAUGGUCGUCCUGGGCCCCCUGCAGCACUUCCUGUGGGAUUGGCUUUCAGGUCCGUCAGAGGUCGUGCAGCAACCCUGCUCCGCGAUACGGAGGCAGGGUCUGUGUCGGACAAAGCAGAGAGGAGCGGUUCUGCAAUGAGAACAGUCCAUGCCCAUUGCCAAUCUUCUGGUCUUCGUGGGGCCCUUGGAAUAAAUGUAGCGCAAAUUGUGGUGGAGGGGUGCACUCCAGGCAGAGGUCUUGUGAAAAUGGAAACUCCUGCCCAGGCUGUGCUGUGGAGUAUAAAACCUGCAGCCCAGAGGCCUGCCCAGAGGUCCGAAGAAACACACCUUGGACUCCAUGGAUGCCCACCAACAUCACUCAGAGUGGCGCUCGUCAAGAACAGCGUUUCCGCUACACCUGCCGCGCUCAGCUUGCUGACCCUCAUGACCUCCAGUUUGGCAGGAAGAAGACAGAGAGUCGGUUCUGCCCCAAUGACGGCUCAGCUGUUUGCGACACUGAUUCUUUAGUUGAUGACCUUCUGAAAAGCGGCAAGACCUCUAUUCGGAUUAUCAAUGGUGGGUGGUCCUUUUGGGGAGGGUGGUCAUCUUGCUCUCGAGACUGUGAGCUGGGCUUCAGAACCAGGAAGCGAACAUGCACCAAUCCAGAACCAAAAAACGGUGGCCUACCUUGCAUAGGAUCUGCAAUGGAAUAUCAGGACUGCAACCCACAUCCCUGUCCAGUGAAAGGUUCGUGGUCCUGCUGGACUCCUUGGUCUCAGUGCUCAGCAACUUGUGGAGGAGGGCACUACCAGCGCACCCGAACCUGCACCAACCCAGCGCCCUCUAAUGGGGAGGAUAUCUGCAUUGGACUGCACACUGAGGAAGCACUGUGCAACACACACUUGUGUGAAGGAGGCUGGUCCGAAUGGUCUGAAUGGAGCUUGUGUAACGAAGAUGGGAUCCAGUAUCGUAGUCGUUACUGUGAAAUCCACAAUCCAGGAUCUUCCCAAUGUGCUGGGAACAGCACACAAUACCAGGACUGCUUGUACAAUGAGAUCCCAGUAAUCCUGCCAGCCUCAAGCAUUGACGAGAGCACGAACUGUGGAGGUUUCAGCCUCAUCCACCUAAUUGCCACAGGGGUCUCCUGCUUCUUUGGUUCUAGCCUCUUAACCUUUGUUAUCUAUGUGUACUGCCAGCGUUGCCAGAGGCAAUCUCAGGAGUCAACUGUUAUCCAUCCCACCACUCCCAAUCAUCUCCAUUACAAAGGCAACACAACUCCCAAGAAUGAGAAAUACACACCUAUGGAAUUCAAGAAAGGAAAACACAAUCUGGAUCCUACUACACUUAACAAGAACAAUUUAAUACCAGAUGACAGGACCAACUUCUAUCCUUUGCAGCAAACAAAUGUGUACACAACCACCUAUUACCCCAGUACACUGAAUAAGUAUGACUACAGGCCUGAGGCCUCCCCAGGAAGGACCUUUACCAACAGCUGAUGAUGGACACCAAGAACUGGAUCGCUUCCUUUAUGAUUUUUAUUUUUUAAAUUGAGUUUAUGGACCAAAUAUUGGCCCAGUCUCUAGAUGUAAAUAUUAUACAGUGGGCCUUUUAUUUUCUCUUUUAUCAGUGGUCUUACUUUUGAGUAGUACAUCUCCUUAAGUGGACCCACUGCUUAUGGACAAUGGACCAUCUUGCCUAAGAUUUUUUGAGGAGUCCUCAGCUAGAGACGUCACAUACUGCUAUGGAUAUUUAUGGCUGGAGAUGCCUUUGUGUCUGAUGCCAUGACAGUCCAAGAACCAACCAUUAUGUGCUAACUUUGUGUGGAAUGGUACUUGGCUACCCAGCACCGCUUCAGAAACUCAGUGGACAUGGAAGACAAAUGCCUUCAAUGCGCUGAGAUGCGUCCUUCAUAAGCCUACAGGUUAAUGGUAGUAUGAAUGUCAUCCACAAGAGAAGCCUUAUCGAACAUUGUGCUCAAGAUUCUGGUGUUUAGGUUUGGGGGUUGAUCAGUGUGUCAUCACCAUUUCCUGCGACACGUUGAAAUAAUAUGCAGCCUUCAAUGGAAAAAGUCUAGUGAGAUAAACAGAACAAAGAUAAGCUUCUUCACGCAAAAGUAGUAUUUUGAAACAUUUCCAGCCAUAGUUUUGAGGGAAAUGUAGGAUGACAUUACCUGAAGUAUAGGUUUGGGUGCUUGAAGCAUGGGCUCUGGGUAGAAGAGAAUUUAUCCCACUAGGGAAAAUAUGAUGAGUGGAACAAGAGCCAUGGAAUAUCUUGAUUUUGGAAGGGGUGGGGCAACUAUUUUCUUUUAACUUUGAUUGUGGUAGUCUCUUAAGGAGCUGCUAGAUUGAUGGCCUUGCUGUCCUUGUUGAAAUCACCAAGCUUUGUGCUAAUGCUGAUUUUAUUUUUUAUAAUUUUUUAUUCACUUGGGGAAAAAAUGUUUUGAGUUCAGUUUGUCUCUGAAGAAUGUCUUCAUAGCAUAGUCUAACCCAUAAAGCCUACUGCAGAUUCCUUCAGUGUCUUCCAGCUAGUACUUCUCCAUGGGAGUACAAUGUGCACCAUCAGUUGACAGUGUCCUUCUGUGUCUGAGCAAGAAGAAGAAAAAGUAAUUCUGCUUCGGUAAAGGUAAAAAAUGGAGUCUGUAGCCUUUUCAAAUAAUAAUAAUCCAGUCCUGUUUUGAAAUGUUAUUCUUUGUAUAUGUGUGAUUGUGUUAGACCAGUGCAGAAGCCAUGUCGUCUUUGGACAGGUGAUUGUCUGACAUUCAUGUCUAGCCAAUGCACACCACGCUUUAAUGGACAUUCCCAGUGUGUCUGGCAAUGUGAGCGAGUUUGCCAUUGUUGUUCAGCAUAACUCCUGGUGCUAAGAGAUGGAGACUGCCACAAUGCAGAGCAUGUAAUAAGAGUCCCGGCAUGAAUGAUGAACAAUUCCAGAGCUUGGGGAUUCUCCUCCAUAUCUUCUUUCAGCAAUGACCAUAUCUAUUUGCAGUUGCUGGCUUGACAUUUGUCCAAGCCGUUUGUUUUAGAUUCAGGUUCACUGUCUGGCAGCCAGACCUGUGCUCAUUACUGUUGCCACCUUUAAAACACAUUUUGGACAUAUAAUCUGAAUGAUGGCACAGUCGAGACCAUUAACACAGGCAGGACAUGCAAACCGGUCAGUGGCUCUGUGUUCAUGAUGCAAAAUGGCUAGUUUGAAUAGGGAGAGCAAUCCAGUGCUGAUGCCAACACCUGGUGUUACCUUAUGCAACCACAUAUCAUAAAACAUUGGUGCCUAAAUUGUGAAUGGUAUACCAAUGGCUGAAGUAGUCUGGAUGGAUGCAUGGGCUGUAGAUUUUGGGGGGGAUUUAGAUAUGCAACCUGCUGGGGUUUUGUUUUGGUUUUUGCUGUUUGCUUCCAUGUGCCCAUGACUGAGAACUUGAUCAAAUUUCUACAGACUCUAAUCCAGACUCUUCUGGGGUUUCUGUUGCACACAUGAGGCUCUUUUGAGUGCAGAACAUCCCAUUCACCUGACAAAAGAAAGCUGCUGCACAUGCAGAUCUGUGUUUUCCACCGAAAUGAUUGGGACACUUGCUCGUAACUGAGCUCCAUCUGAGCCUCUAUAUUGUAUAAGAAAUGGCUGGAUCAGUGUCACUGUUUCAGAGGGUGCUGCAAAAUUGUAAUUUAUUUUGCAACAGUUCUUAAAAAGGUAUAUAUGCAAAUGAAUUAAACCUUUCGUUCACUCUUUUUUUGCCAUAAAAUAAGCCAGAUCUAUUUUUCAGUUAGAUAAAGACUAGAAUUUAUUUUAUUACAUAGAAUAUUUUCCCAUUCUGGUUAUGCAGCAUAUCUUUCUUUCUCCAAAUGCCAGAAAUCAGGGCAGGCUAGGGGAGGGAUAUUUUUAGUUAGGAUAUUCCAAAUUCAUUCUUCCCAGGCAUCUGAAUGUGAAGAAUGAUACCCUUUCAAAAAUAUGAAUGGCAAUUGCAACGUGGGUGUGCAGAUGCCAUUUCAACAGAAAGUAGGGUGAAUGGGUGGAAAAGAACAUUUGAGCUUUUUAACAUUCCAUUAAUGUAUUGCAUGGCAGUACAAUUCUUUAGGGGCAAUCUAAUGCAAAAUAAGAGCAGUUUCUUAUCACAUAGCAGGUUAAUGACAUAGGGCAUAGUGACAUUCUUGCAUCCUAAGUUAAUUUAGUGUUUCAGGCACCCAGCUGAUAAUGUCCACAGUAGAGUGGUCUGAUUCUCUAGAGGGGUUUUCUAAACACCUGGCAUUUAUUACAAUUGGGGUUGUCAUAAUGGAUGUUGUAGUACACACUGGAAAUGUAUUUGGUUUGGCAGUGUUGCUUUUGACAGCAGGGCUUAGUCAGCAAGGAAACAAAGCCCCCUCCCAGUGUUUGAUGUGGAAACUGAAUAUGCAAAUGUUUGGGAAUAUCCUUCAGAGGAGCAAUGCAUUUUUGCCAUGGGGAAGAGACCCAGCUCUCUUACAUCUAGUGGGGCACUUUGCACAGCAAGUCUCUUUUGAGACGCAUGGGAUUUCCUAAACCAGUUCUAUAUAGCAGGAGGCAACCAUUAAAGUGUCAUCAAGUUGCAUGCAACCCCAGAGAUGCUGUGAGGACUGUGCCCAAAUUCUGUACGGUCAAGUGCUACAAAGGAUCUCUCAUCCACUUUUUGUUUUACUUAUUUUUUUAACCACCUUUAUAAGCUUAGGCAACAUCUAGAAGAUUCAGUUGAACAGAUUUGAAACUAGGGCUUUCGUUUUGAGAGGGAUAUGUUGAACCCAGGGAGUGGGACAGAGAGCAAAGAACACAGCAGAUUCAGAUUCUUUUAGAACGGAGGUUUGAAUAAUAACAACUACAAAUCGUAUUUUGGAGGUUGUCCUAACUCUUCACUUUCUCCGGGUGCAGGGAAGAAAAUGGCUUUUCAUAUUUGGGUAGGAAGAUGUUGUUAGCUUUUGAUUUCAGAAUCAUAACCUGUGGUUACUCAAAUGUGAGGAACUAUCACCCUUGUGUUUUGUCUCUUUUUGAAAAAAAUAAUAAUAGCUUUUUGCAGGAAAGAAGUAUGAGCACUACAGUUGCACUGCUCUUACGUAUGCUGAUACAGCAGUUUCUUACAAGCUGCCAUAGAACUCUCCCUCUCAGAAAAGGGGCAGAAGACAUAUCUAUUUUUUCAUAGCUGUGGAGCUGCUGCUGCUGCUGCUGCUGGAAAUUGUUAGAACGAAUGUGGCUAAACCUUGCUAGCAAGGGAGCUGCACACAUCAUAGAAGGUGUGCCAGACUUUGGCAAGUCCAGUGUGUGGAGAGUGCAAGAGCUGAUCUAAGUGAAUAACAUUUGCUCAUCUUUCCUGCUGCUUAUCCCAGUGCCCUCUACUGCCAUAAUGUGACUACAGAGAAUGUUUAGACUGAUAAAGCAGCAAAGCUUAAUCACCAUACUAUAUGGGAGCCCUACACAGAUUUGCUUUCUCUUUCUGGCAGCACCAGUUGUGAUGCAGUUUAUUGAACCUGAUGAUGUUUUGCCACUUCUGUCAAACUAGUAGUGCAGCAAUCGAAUCUGCCCUUUUAGUUUACGAUGAGGAUUUAUAUUUUAACAAAUAUACAUUGACUUUAUUGUUGCAAAGCUAGUUAAGAACACCCUGCUCUUCAAUAAUAUGCACAUUCUAAUAGAGAAGGGGGAGAACCUUCUUUAUGUGAAAAGUAAACCUUUGAACAAUAAUGAAGUAAUGGCAUUGGAAAGAAGGUGAUUUGAGUGUUUAUUCAUCUCUUGCAGUAGCUCACCUAUGACAUGAGUUAUACAUGUGUACCUGCUGCCUUAUUUUUUUAUUUUAUUUUAGAGAAUGAACUUAGAUGAAGAUCUGUGUAGGAAGUGGGUAUGAUUUGAAUCCCUUUGCAGGGCGGGGGUAUAAUUUAGGAUUGCUCCCCCAUUCUAGCAUUACAAAAUCUAAUGUUAAGAAAAAAUUAUAUCCAGCAAUCAAACUAAUUAACUCGGUCCAUUUAGUCACACCAAAUGUGGGACUUUAUUACACAAGCAAAAUAAAAAAGGAAAGUUCAUCAAGUCCCCUUACUCAAAUCCUGUGUAUGUUUAUAUAUUUAUAACACAUACAAAUGGUAUAUUUACUGCUGAAUGGUCUACAAAUAAAUUUAGAAUAAUAAAAGCAGCACUUGGACUUGAGGAUAGGUUUCAAAGGGGAACCCGAAAGAGAAAAUAACAAAAAAAAAAUUGUAGAUGAAUGAAUUUUGUUGUUCAGUUAAAAUUGAGGAGUUGACUUUUGUAGCUAGAACUGUUCAUCUUCCUAGCCCACAAAAAAUCCAUUCCUGUUAAGAAUGGCAAAGUAAACAAUGUUUGUAUUUGCUCAUACUUUAUGAAUAAACAGUCCAAAUUGACUUAG